GUGAACGAUUCGUCUUAUCUUUGCAAAAUCGAGCUGGAGGUUGACAAUCCAGGAUGUACGGAAAACAUCGAAAGAAACUUUUGUCGCAUGCUCGGAUUGAGGCCGACAUCAUCCCAUUUGUCAUCAUGUAAUAUGGAGUUCGAAACGGCUGAUGAUGCAUCUUCGGUCGCUUCUGAACACUCAAAUGGUAGAUACUCACCUGCUGCUGAUCGCAGACAUGGCGGACGACAUCGUCUCACCAAUGUGAGAAAGAGGAGAGGGGAGGGAGAAGGAUCAGUGAUCACUUUGAUCGCGGAGAUCUGCGCCGCUGGAGUUAGAGAAUAA